AUGAACGGAGCAUUGUGUGUAGAAAACACAACUGUCCGUGGCAUUCCUCUUUCAGUUGAUUUUACUCAUCCUGAAGAUUAUUUUAUCUUUACUUUCCAUAUUGUAUUUGCCACAAGCGCUUUUCUUCUAGCUGGUUCCGUGGCCAUAGGUAUUUUAAAAACGAGAGUUCUCCGAAUGCAGAACAGAUUUAUUUUCAUGAUCAACACAAGCAUUUGCGAUAUUCUAACUGGCGUCUCCGUUUAUUAUUUGUGUCUUUUUGAUGUUCAAGAAGGAUAUCCAUCCAGAAAUGGAACUUUCGGCAUUUUCCCAUCUUUGCUUGGUGUGAACAUUCUGACAUUUAUGUUUGCUCAGUUUGACCGGUACUGUGCUGUAUGUCACCCCUUCUUUUAUAACCGUUUCAUUUGUAGACCAAUUGUAAUUGGAGUUUGUGUGUAUUGUUGGUUCCAUGUUUAUAUUCAAUUGCUUGCAUCAAAUAUGGUGUCAGUUUCCGUAGCUACCAAAAUAUACGCGUUUAGCAUUGCCAGUUUACAGGUUAUAGUGCUGACUAAAGUAGUCAUGACCAUAAAAUUAUACAUCAUUGCUCGCUAUCAACUGGCACGAGAGCCACCAGGCCCGGAGAGAGAUAAUAAGAAAGAAUCCUUACGGAUUAUAAUUUUUGUAGUUAUAAUUUUUUUAACUCUCUGGACCCCUUCCUUUGUCAACAUUAUUAUAAAACAGUCGAGCAGGUACGGAAUACACUUCAGGAACGAGGGCACCAAUCUAUUCGCCAUUAUGGCGCGUUUUAACGCGAUCAGUACGUCUGCACUUUACCUCUUGGGCAGUCCUGCAUUACGCACGGCAGUUCUGCGAGUUGGUUGGCACAAAAUGUUGCCUCAGUGGACAAGGUAA